AUGCCUCUAAUGACCCCCCUCCAAGUUCAAAGGCAAGAAAAGGCUGUACGAGACUGGAUUGCAACCCUCAAAGAGGGUGACAAAGUCAACGCACAGAAGCGAUUCGACAGCAUCAGGAAACUUCCCCGGGAACAAUAUUUGCACAAGUUGCGGAGUUUCUUGAAUGCCACCACGGAAGACAUAGCCCCAGCCAGUGACGUGGACAGGGCUCUUGUAGUUCUGCAAGCGCCUCAGAAUUUCAGUGCACAUGUCGUUCAAGCGGCGGCGAAGACGGUGAUUGACCAUGAGAAGGCGAGGAAUAAUAUGGGCGCGGUGCGCUGGGCAGAAGAAUUCGUAGGUGAUGGCCGCGUUAUCACUCUUAUUCAAGGGGCUAAUAUUUGUGCUCUCUCGCGGAACAGCUUGUGGGUUCCUAUCAUUCUCAUCCAAGCCGUAGUAGCGGAUUCUAACGGGGAACAGAAGAAAUGA